CGGUCUUCCCAAGCUUCUCCUCCAUCCUCGUUCCCUGCACACGAAGCACUGCACGAGAAGCUUCAUCUCCAUGGCUUUGUCGUUUCGAAGAACGACAAACCGCGCCAGAGAAUUCAUCCUAACUCGAACAUAUAGCUUUGAUCGCCUCAACCGAUACCUUCGGCAGCUAGUCCUUUUCGUUUACCGCUUUUCCGCCCUCCGCUUGAGCUCAUUCUGCAUUCACCUGAUCUACUUUGUGUUUCUGGCCUUGCUUGGUUCUCUUAUCAUGGUGCUCCUGAAGCCGAGCGACCCUUCCUUUAGCCCUAGCUACGUCGACAUGCUCUUCAUGUCGACCUCGGCUUUGACGGUCUCAGGUCUCGGCACGGUCGAGACGGAGAGGCUGUCCAGCGCGCAGAUCGCCGUCCUCACGCUCCUCAUGUUCGUCGGCGGCGAGGUGUUUGUCACUUUGCUCGGCCUGCUACUGCGGAGGACAUCCGAGCAUGACAAGCGCGAGGCUUCCGCUGUUGGAGUCGACGCCGUGCGCAGCGAGCUCGAACCUGUCGCUUCCUCCCGAGUGGUCACCAUCGACAGCAUCGAGCCGGUGGAUGGUUCCGCCGCCAUGGCCGAAGAGAAGGAUCUAAGGCUUAGUUGCGUUCGAUGGCUGAGAUAUAUAGUAUCGAGUUACAUCUUUACCUUCCAUUUGUUUGGUACCUCCUUGCUUCUGAUUUACAUCUACCGCGUCUCGAACGCAAGGGAUAUACUGAGGAAGAAAGGCAUCAACGUCUUCCUGUUCUCUUUGUCCACGACUGUUUCUUCCUUCGCCAAUGGUGGCUUGAUCGCGACGAACGAGAACAUGGCGGCCUUCAACAGGAACCCGACCAUGCUCCUGUUGAUGAUUGCCCAGGUUCUGGCUGGCAACCUACUCUUCCCUCUGUUCCUCAGGUUGGUGAUCUGGACCUUGAAAAAGAUCACCAAACGCGAGGAGUUCCGACACAUGUUGAAGAGCACAAGCGAAACCCGGUUCAGUCCGCUGCUCCCGGAGAAGCAAACUUGCUUCCUGUCCCUCACCGUCGUCGGGUUGAUGACGGCUUUGCUGGUUCUGUUUUGCUCCAUGGACUGGGACGGAGCGGUGUUUGACGGAUUGACUUCUUUUGAGAAGAUUGUAUCUGCUUUCUUUAUCGCGGCCAACUCCAGGCAUGCUGGUGAAAACUCCAUCGAUCCAUCCCUCAUCUCCCCGGCAGUUUUGGUGUUCAUAAUUGUGAUGAUGUACCUUCCUCCUUCCGCAACAUUUUGGCCCGCCGAGGAGGAUGAUACAAGUUCUGAUGGAAUCAAGAAGCAAAACAAGAAGAAGAAAUCAUGGGUGCAAAACCUACUAAUAUCGCAACUCUCCUGCAUUAUUGUCUACAUCAUUCUCAUCUGCAUCAUCGAGAGAAGGAAGAUGCGCAGAGAUCCACUCAAUUUUAGCUCUUUGAACAUGAUCUUUGAAGUGACAAGUGCCUAUGGAAACGUGGGGUUAUCAACUGGUUAUAGCUGUUCAAGGUUGAUGAAACUGCACCCAGAAGCGAGCUGCCAGGACAAACCUUAUUCUUUAGCAGGAUGGUGGAGUGAUGAGAGCAAGAUUAUUUUGUCCUCGGUCAUGCUUUAUGGAAGGCUUAAGAAGUUCAGUGCACAAGAUGGUAAAGCCUGGAGGCUGUACUGAGUAAACAGAUGAAAAGAUUUAUGCAUGCAUGCAUGCAGGGUUCAGAUUGUUGUAUGAAAUAAGCACCACCAGGAAUUUAUACCUGAGAAAUGCUUGAACUUUCUUUUCUUUUCUUUUUUCUCUGUGAGAAAUUAAUGGCUUGUAAAACCAAGAAAUAUACGUUGUUGUGUAAGAUUUCUCAAUAAUAUUGAUGAAAGCAAGGUGAAA